UUCGAUUCCACCGCUUCGGUCGUGCAUGCCACUUGGUCUUUGGCUUUCCAGAAAAAAUCAAUUCCGUUUGUCUCAGCGGAAGCCCAACUAUAAAAGUGCGCUGUAUAAAAAACUUUCGUUAUUGUUUGGAUAUCAACUCGAUGAACAACUGAAUACCGAAUAAUAAUUGCAUUGCAUUUCCACAAGUUAACUGUCAACAUCGCGUGUGAAAAGUUACUUUAAAAAACACAAAACAAUACCUAAAACGGUUACUGCUCGUUUACAAGCAAUUAUAAAAGAUAAUUUGAUUUGUUGUGGCUUACGCAAGGCCAAGACAACAAUACAAAACUACAACAAAAAACAAACAACAAGACAAAACAAAACAACAACUGCGACUAAAAUCCCAAUUUGGAUUUAUUAAUAGCGCAGAAUAAAUAAAAAACAGAACAAGCGUUCAACAAUUUUUGUAAAAAUACAACAAAUUGCCAACAGCAGCAUCCAAUAUGUCGAUUGCCAGCGUACAUGGUCCCCAGAUCGCCGACAUUUGCAGUCCCCUAUCGCAUCACAAUCUUGGUUUGUCCGCAUCGUUGCCAGAUCUAGUGGGAAGUCCCCUGGAGAUUAGCAUGGACAAUGUGAUGACCAUUGAGGAGUUGCGACAGCAUAUGGGCUCCUGCUUCACCUGCGGCGUUUCCUGGACAGAUGACCACGUCUCGUUGGAUUGCAGCGAGUGCGGUGGCUACAGCCUGGAGCGUCCCUGCCCCCUGUGUGACGGCCAGUGCGGUGUACAGUGGAAACGUGAUUUUGCCAUGUCCCAUGCCUGCAGUCAAGCCCGCUGGGUGGGCGUGUGCAUUAGCUAUCCGGAGGCCGGAUCUGGCGUCCAAAUGCCCGUUGUUGGUGCUGGCGCUGGCACAUCGUGUGCUGCCGCUGCGGCGAAUCAGUUGCGUUUGGCCCAGGAGCUGUGCUCCCGUCUGGAACAGCUGUCCACCUCAUCGGCGAGCAAAAGUGCUCGCACCUAGAGCCAACAGAGUUCCUCCAAUAACAGCCAGACUGCAGCAGCACCGCCUAAACCAACUAAGACACACCCGCACACACUCAUUCAUCCAGAUAGCAGUUAGCUGAAGGCAGCCCCGCGGCACCGGCACCAUUGUUGGGCGCCGUGGUUCCACCUCCACACACCACCACCACACACCGUCUCUCACCCGUAAUUUAGGGCUUAAUUGCUAAGCUUUUUAGUUGUUAGGUUUUUUUUAUUGUUGCUGUCGCGUUUGAGAAUUCUCUGUUCAUUUUCAUUUCUAUGAUUAUUACUUCUUUGUUGUACUUUGUUCGGUUUCUUCGUUGUGUGAUUAGCUAAGUUCUUUUGUUAAACGUUUCUUUUGCGCACACAUGACCAGCACCAGGAAAAGACUUCUUCUUUCUGCUUAGACUUUUUAAGCCAAGUUCUUUCGGCAAAAGGCAGUGAUAACGGUGAUAUUAGGGCCAGAAAGAAACGUGAACAAAUAGUGAAUUUAAUAAGAAGUAGCAACAAACUAAUGUCUAUGUAUAGCUACAGCUAACUAAAUCUGUAACUAGUGUUGAUAGCGUUGGGAUAAUAAUACAUUGUAUACAGAAAACACACAGAAGCAAGAAGAGUAGCGAGAGCAGCAGCGAGAAUAGAGCCAAUCGAGAGAUUGUUUUGUUGUUGCUUUUGUGGUACGAGGCACAAAUCAAAGGAAAUCAAAAGAAACCCCAAAUAUUGAUGGUGCAUUCCGUAACGAAACAAAAGAAAAUAAAAGAAUCUUAGCUUCCA